AUCGAUCACCAUUUUCACCGAUCACUGCUAUAAAAUGUGUCAAAACUCUCCUUCUUCUUCCAUAUGAAUCAAAUUAACCAUUGAAAUAAAAGAAGAAAAAAAAACCAUGGCCAGUUCUUCUUCUUCCAUGCAAAACCACGUAUUCCUAAUCGCCACCCCAGCGAUCGGACUUCUAACCCCAACAGUCGAACUCGCUCGCCGCCUAGUUGACCGCUUCCCCGGUCGCCUCUCCGCCAUCGUCCUCCUCAUCUCCGUCCCACAAUGGCCCACCGUCCAUUCCUACGUCCAAUCUCUCCACGCCACCUCAUCCCCCAACCUCAGCUUCCUCAUCCUCCCUGCAAUGGAGCCACCCUCAACUGAUCAAUUCCCGUCUUACGUCGCCAACGUAACCGCCCUCGUUGACCAGCAGAAAGUCAACAUAAAAGACGCCAUCGUUGCCGAGUCAAAAAAACGACGAGUCGUCGGGCUGAUCGUUGACUUGUUCUGCACUUUCGUUACCGACGUAGCGAACGACCUCGGCAUUCCUUCUUACCUCUUUUACGCCUCUCCGGCGGCUUUUUUCAGCUACGAACUCGAGAUGUCGAACCUCGCUUCUGAUGAGUCACUCACUGAGUUGACUGUUCGGGGUUUCGCUAACUCGGUUCCUCGUCGGGUUCUUCGCCGGACGGAGAUGGAGCGAAGUUACAAUGCCGGGUUCCCCAUCUAUCUGGACCAUGCCCGGAGAUUCACCCAAAUGAAGGGUAUUAUUGUAAAUACAGUGCAAGAGUUGGAGCCUUUUGCUUUGGACUCGCUCUCUGCCAGUGGGGGCCCAAAGGUUUAUCCUAUUGGGCCUGUUCUGAAUCUCAAAGGGUCGGCCCAAUGGAAUAGAGAUGGAGCCCAAAAGGAGAAAGUGAUAGGCUGGCUUGAUAACCAACCCAAAUCUUCAGUGGUGUUCUUGUGCUUCGGAAGCUGGGGUAGUUUAAGUGGGCCUCAAGUGAAAGAGAUUGCAAUUGGGCUCGAACGGGCUGGGCUUCGAUUCUUAUGGGCCUUACGCGAGCCACCAAAGUCCAACUUAGUUCCUCCUAGUGAUUUUUCAAAUGUAGAUGGGAUUUUACCCAAUGGAUUCUUGGAACGAACGGCUCGCAAUGGCUUGGUGUGUGGAUGGGUCCCACAAAUGACGAUCCUCUCACACCAAGCCAUCGGAGGGUUCGUGUCUCAUUGUGGUUGGAACUCGACGCUAGAAAGUCUGUGGUGUGGUGUACCAGUUGCCACGUGGCCAAUCUAUGCCGAGCAACAUAUGAAUGCUUUUCUUAUGGUGAAAGAGUUGGGAUUAUCCAAUGAGAUUAGCUUGGAUUAUGAAGAUGGUGUUGAUUUGGUUUCGGCUGAGGAGGUUGAGAGAGGAGUAAAGAAGUUGAUGGAGAGUGAUAACAUGUUGAGGGUAAGAGUAAAAGAUGUGAGCGAGAAGUGUAGGUUGGCUAUGACAGAACAUGGUUCUUCAUACACGUUUUUGGGUGAUUUGGUUGAGGAAUUAACAUCGCCUAUAUAGUUCAAAUUUGUAAAAUUACCAUAUGGUUCAAAUAUGCAACUAUAUAUAUGUACUAAUUUAUGUUUCGUAAAAGUCAAUGAAUGUCAAUUGUUGUUCAUUUUCUUUCUAUUUGGUGCUCUUUUCUAAAAAAAUUAGUUUGAAGUUUGAGCUUUGCCUUCUUGUAGACUAUUUAAUUUCAAAGUAGUAUUGUAUA